UCCUAUAGAUUCUUGCCCCCCACCCCCAACCUUAAAUUCUCUCCCGUUGCUCCCCAGGAAAACUUCCCUGCUCUUCCUCCUUUCUCUCAAUUCUUCAGAUCCGAGUCGAUUGUUAUUUUUUUCCUGAAUUUUCCGAUUCAAUUUAUAUAUAAAAAAAAUAUAUUAAAUUUUGUGAUGUGAAACUUGAAAUUAUUUGUGUUUUUGAUUGUGAUUGUGAGAGUAACGGUGAUGGAAGAAUGUAAUAGAGUUGAAGAUGCAGAGGAGGGUGAGAUCUCAGAUUCGGCUUCAGUUGAAGAAAUCAGUGAGGAUGCGUUCAAUAGACAAGACCCACCUACUACUAGUACUACUUCCAAGAUUAAGAUUGCGAGUAAUGAAAAUCAAAAUCAGAAUUCGACGACUGCGACUAGGGUUUGGACGAUGAGAGAUGUAUAUAAAUAUCCAAUUUCUAGGGAUUAUGCUAGAGGUUUAUAUAACCUGGCCUGGGCUCAGGCUGUGCAGAAUAAGCCUUUAGACGAACUAUUCGUGAUGACUAGUGACAAUUCCAACCAGUGUGCUAAUGGUGAAUCCAAGGUAAUCAUUGAUGUGGAUGUGGAUGACGAUGCUAAAGAGGAAGGAGAGUUGGAAGAAGGCGAGAUCGACUUGGAUUCCGCUGACCUAGUUGUAAAUUUUGGAAAGGAGGCCAAUUUCAUUAGGGAACAACUUCAGAGCGUUACUCUAGACGAAACCCACAAAUCCUUUUCUAUGGUUUGUUCCAAAUUGCAAACUUCAUUACUGGCAUUGGGGGAACUAGCUCUUUCUCAAGACAAGAAUGACAUUCUUAUUCAACUCUUUAUGACUGCACUCCGAACCAUUAAUUCUGUUUUCUACUCCAUGAACGACCAUCAGAAGCAACAAAACACAGAUAUUCUAUCUAGGUUGCUUUUUAAUGCAAAGACACAAUUACCUGCUCUUUUGUCUUCUGAGCAGUUAAAAGAGCUGGAUGCUCUGAUUCUCUCUAUUAACCACUCACUUGUUUCCUCAAAUACUCAAGACAAUGACACCGUCAAUGGGAUCAAUGUUGUGCAACUGUUAGAUAUGAAGGAUUCUCAUAAAUCCUCUGAAAAUGCAAAUCAGGAUUUUACUUCGGUAAACAAGUAUGAUUUAGGUGAUGUAUCUAUCAAAUCUUCAGGCCUGAAGGAGCAGAGUGUGUCAUCUGAAUCUGUAAAACCAGGAUUAGACAAUUCUAAAGCUAAAGGCUUAUCCUUUCCUUUGCUAGACCUUCAUAAGGACCAUGAUGAAGAUACUCUUCCGUCGCCUACACGACAGAUUGGACCACAGUUCCCUGCUACACAGACUCAUGGAAUGGUGAAACUCGACUUGCCUAUUUUCCCGGCUUCUCUUGACAAAGGAAAUUCUUUAUUACAUCCUUAUGAAACUGAUGCCCUUAAAGCUGUUUCCUCUUAUCAACAAAAAUUUGGUCGAAGUUCCCUUUUUGUUAGUGAAAACCUUCCAAGUCCAACUCCCUCUGAAGAGGAUGAUAGUGGCAAAGGGGACACUGGUGGGGAGGUCACCAGUUUUGAUGUUGUACAUAAUGCCAGCCAUCUGAAUGAAUCUAGCAUGGGACAACCAAUAUUGUCUUCUGUUCCCCAGACCAAUAUUCUUGAUGGACAAGGACUGGGAACUACUCGAACUGCAGAUCCUCUGAGUUUUCUGCCAAAUCCUUCUUUGCGAUCUUCUACAGCAAAAAGUAGAGAUCCCAGACUCAGACUAGCAACCAGCGACACAGUUGCUCAGAACACGAUCUUGCCUAUCCCAGAUAUUGAUUUGAAAUUGGAGGCCUCUCUAGAGAUGAUUGUUUCAAAAAAGCAGAAGACAGUAGACCUAUCAGCUUUUGAUGCUCCAUUGCCGAAAAGACAAAGAAGUGAACAGACUGAUUCAAUCAUUGUGAGCGAUGUACGUCCUUCGAUUGGAAAUGGUGGUUGGUUAGAGGAUAGAGGGACUGCUGAGUUGCCAAUUACGAGUAGUAACUGUGCUACAUAUAAUAGUGACAAUGAUAUUAGGAAAUUGGAGCAAGUAACAGCUACUAUCGCUACUAUACCUAGUGUCAUAGUUAAUGCUGCUGAGAACUUUCCAGUGACAGGCAUUAGCACGUCAACAACUCUGCAUUCUUUGUUAAAAGAUAUAGCUAUAAAUCCAUCAAUAUGGAUGAAUAUAAUCAAGACAGAACAGCAGAAAUCUGCUGAUGCUUCUAGAACUAAUACAGCACAAGCUUCAAGUUCUAAAUCUAUUCUUGGAGCAGUUCCAUCAACAGUUGCAGUAGCUCCCAGAUCUUCUGCUAUUGGCCAGAGAUCAGUAGGAAUACUUCAGACUCCUACACACACAGCAUCAGCGGAUGAAGUGGCUAUAGUCCGCAUGAAACCUCGUGACCCUCGGCGUGUUCUUCAUAGUACUGCAGUUCUAAAGGGUGGUAGCGUUGGAUUAGAUCAAUGUAAAACUGGUGUAGCAGGCACACACGCAACGAUAAGCAAUCUUUCUUUCCAAAGUCAAGAGGACCAGUUGGAUAGGAAGUCAGCUGUGACUCUUUCAACUACACCACCGGACAUUGCUUGCCAAUUCACCAAAAAUUUGAAAAAUAUCGCUGACAUGAUCUCCGUUUCACCAUCCACAUCACCGUCUGUUGCUUCUCAAACUCAGACACUAUGCAUACAAGCUUAUCAGAGUAGAUCGGAAGUUAAGGGAGCAGUUUCUGAGCCAAGUGAAUGGGUGAAUGAUGCUGGCUUAGCUUCUGAAAAAGGUUCUCCUGGUUCAUUGCAACCACAGAUCUCUUGGGGAGAUGUUGAGCAUCUAUUUGAGGGGUACAGCGACCAACAGCGAGCUGAUAUCCAGAGAGAAAGAACUAGGAGGCUUGAGGAACAGAAAAAAAUGUUUUCUGUUCGGAAGCUCUGUCUCGUCUUGGACUUGGACCAUACUCUUCUGAAUUCAGCAAAGUUUGUUGAAAUCGACCCAGUUCAUGAAGAGAUAUUGAGGAAGAAAGAGGAACAAGACCGUGAAAAGCCGUAUAGGCACCUAUUCCGCUUUCCACACAUGGGAAUGUGGACCAAGUUACGGCCUGGGAUCUGGAAUUUCUUGGAAAAGGCGAGCAAUCUUUUUGAGCUGCAUCUCUAUACCAUGGGUAACAAGCUAUAUGCCACGGAGAUGGCCAAAUUGCUAGAUCCAAAAGGUGAUCUGUUUGCUGGACGAGUGAUCUCCAGGGGUGACGAUGGAGAUCCAUUUGAUGGGGAUGAAAGGGUUCCCAAGAGUAAGGACUUGGAGGGGGUUUUGGGCAUGGAGUCGGCUGUUGUUAUUAUAGAUGAUUCUGUGAGAGUCUGGCCACAUAACAAGCUAAAUUUGAUUGUUGUAGAGAGGUAUAUUUACUUUCCUUGCAGUAGACGGCAAUUUGGUCUUCCUGGUCCUUCUCUUCUUGAGAUUGAUCAUGAUGAAAGACCUGAAGAUGGCACAUUGGCCUCUUGUUUGGGGGUUAUUCAAAGAAUACAUCAGAAUUUUUUCACACAUCGGUCCAUAGAUGAAGCUGAUGUUAGGAACAUCUUAGCGACAGAACAAAAAAAGAUUCUGGCAGGUUGCCGUAUUGUCUUCAGCAGAGUGUUUCCUGUUGGUGAAGCCAGUCCCCAUUUGCAUCCUCUGUGGCAGACUGCUGAACAGUUUGGUGCUGUCUGCACUAGUCAAAUUGAUGAUCAGGUUACCCAUGUGGUUGCAAAUUCUCUUGGGACGGAUAAGGUUAAUUGGGCACUUUCCACCGGACGAUCUGUUGUCCAUCCUGGCUGGGUGGAGGCAUCAGCUUUACUUUAUCGGAGGGCAAAUGAGCAUGAUUUUGCUAUUAAAUCUUAAAUUAACACAAUCUCCGUGUCUUGGUUAAAAGAAAACUGAAAAAGGGGAUGAAAUGAAGAAACGGAAACAGUAGGUAAACAGGCAAGAGAGAUUCGUUUUAGUAGGUUAUGCCUAAGAUUGAUUUUGAAGGAAUGCACCCAAAUCCCUUGCUGGGUUUGAAAGUAAUACGGGGUGAAGCUUGUUAUUUAUGAGAAUUGAGUAGCGCGUUUUCUGUUUAAAUGCAUAGAUAACAAAGGUGAUGAAGAAAAAAGGAAAGACAGUUAUGUAGUUGUCCCUUUGGAGACAUGCGAUAAACGUUGAACAAGACAAUACUUGUUUUUAUCCGGGUGGAACCGGGAGGUAGAAUCCCGAAUUAAUGGUGGUGGCAAACAAGCGAUUGUUGAAUGAAUACUCAUCUUCAACUAACUAAUAAACUAACUAUGAAUAACGACUUUAAA